UAUAGGCUCUAUUGAGUGCAUGGAGUGUGGCUUGUAACUCUACAGUGGCAAGCAGAGUGUAUAUACCACAAGGUAAAUAUUCUUUGGACGCAGUUGCGCUUAUGGGACCUUGUAAAGCACCCAUUAACUUCCAUGUGGAAGGCUACAUUUUGGCCCAUGCCGAUCCGGCUCAUUUCCAGGCCGGUGCGUGGAUCCAACUCAACAAUAUCAAUGCCCUAACCGUCUCCGGAACAGGAACCUUCGACGGUCAGGGUGCCAUGGCUUGGAGCUUAAAUGAUUGUGGCAAAAAUCUUAACUGCAAGUGGUCACCAUUUCAAAUAAGUUUUAACUUUGUGACGAACACGCUAAUUCAAGAUAUAACAUCAAAGGACAGCAAGAACUUCCACAUUACUUUGUUGGGAGGUAUGAACGUGACGUUCAGAAACGUUAAGAUAAGUGCGCCUGGCGUGAGCAUAAACACCGACGGAAUCCACGUGGCGCGAUCAACAGGAGUUAACAUACUCGACACCCUGAUUGAAACCGGAGAUGAUUGUCUUUCGUUUGGGGACGGGAGCAAGCAGAUUAAAGUUGAGAGGGUGAGGUGUGGACCAGGACACGGGAUCAGCAUUGGAAGCCUGUCAAAGUAUAAGGACGAACAACCUGUGGAAGGAAUCUUCGUUAGCAAUUGCACACUCACCGGAACCAUGAACGGAGUUAGAAUCAAAUCAUGGCCGACUUCCCCUGGCCCUGGAUCCGCCUCCAACAUGCAUUUCAAGAACAUUAUCAUGAACAACGUUAGCAAUCCAAUCAUCAUUGAUCAAGAGUACUGCCCCAGUAACCAAUGCAUUAAAAAGUCUUCUUCGGAAUUGAAGAUUAGUAACGUGAGCUUCAAGAACAUACGAGGAACUUCGGCAACACCUGUGGCGGUGAUUAUUGACUGCAGCAAGACUCAUCCAUGCGAGAAUAUUGUGAUUCAAGAUAUUGACUUAAGGUUCAACGGAACAACGACACAAUCCAUUUCCAAAUGCUCCAACGUCUCUCCCAAGACUGCCGGUCUACAGAUCCCACCACCUUGUACUGUUACGGCUCAGCGUUUUGUAUAUGAAAUGGAUAAUUGA